AGGGUAUUGGACUGGACUUGUGGUAUCUGCAACCUGACCGCUUUGCAGCUGAUUGAAUUCUUGGCCCCAGAAAUCAGCGGUGGCAAGAUUCGAAACAGACACACCAGUCAACAUGAGCACAGCAGGCAAAGUGAUUAAGUGCAAAGCAGCAGUAAUGUGGGAAGCCAAUAAACCAUUUUCUAUUGAGGAAGUGGAAGUUGCCCCACCAAAAGCACAUGAAGUUCGCAUAAAGAUUGUGGCCACAGGGAUCUGUCGCACCGAUGACCAUGUGAUAACUGGUGGGCUGGUUAUGCCUUUUCCAAUAAUUCUUGGGCAUGAAGCAGCUGGUGUUGUGGAGAGUGUUGGAGAGGGAGUAACUUCGAUCAAACCAGGAGACAAGGUUAUUCCACUCUUUGUUCCACAGUGUGGGGAGUGCAGUAGUUGCUUAAGCACCGAGGGUAAUAUGUGCACUAAAAAUGACAUUGGUUCAAGUACUGGAGGAAUGCCUGAUGGCACCACUAGAUUCACCUGUAAAGGAAAAGCAAUUCACCAUUUUAUUGGUACAAGUACCUUCACAGAAUACACAGUAGUGCAUGAAACUGCUGUAGCCAAAAUCGAUUCUGCUGCUCCUCUGGAAAAAGUUUGUCUAAUUGGCUGUGGAUUUUCAACUGGUUAUGGGGCUGCUGUGCAGACUGCCAAGGUGCAACCAGGCUCCACCUGUGCUGUCUUCGGCCUCGGAGGAGUUGGCCUCUCUGUUGUCAUGGGCUGCAAGGCGGCGGGAGCUUCCCGCAUCAUUGCCGUUGAUAUCAAUAGUGACAAGUUUGCCAAGGCCAAGGAGCUGGGAGCCACCGACUGCGUCAACCCUAAAGAUUUCAAGAAGCCUAUUCAUGAAGUGUUGAUUGAAAUGACAGGCCACGGUGUGGACUACUCCUUUGAGGUCAUCGGCCGUACGGAUACCAUGACUGCAGCCUUGGCCUGUUGCCAAUACAGCUAUGGAGUCAGUGUGAUUGUGGGACUGCCUCCUGCAGCACAAAAUAUCACUUUUGACCCCAUGCUUCUCUUCACUGGUCGCACCUGGAAAGGGUCUGUCUUUGGAGGCUGGAAGAGUAAAGAUUCAGUCCCUAAACUGGUUGCUGACUACAUGAAGAAAAAAUUUGUUCUGGAUCCAUUAAUAACCCACACCCUUCCUUUCACUAAAAUCAAUGAAGGAUUUGAUCUGCUAAGGAGAGGGAAGAGUAUCCGCAGUGUCCUGGUGUUUUAGGAUUCCCAAUUGU